GAGCGCAGAUUAGCAUAUAGCAUGGUCGUCUUCUCGGGAGAGGAGGCAAACAGAGCAGCAGCAAACAUGAGGAGCAACAGCACCAACAGCAGCAGCAACCACCACCACCUCCGGGAAGACAAGACGGAGAGCCCCGAUUCCAGAUUCAACCAGACCCUCCGCAGCGUCCAAGGGUUGCUCAAAGGUCGCAGUAUACCUGGAAAAGUGUUGCUGACCAGGAGAUCGGACCCGUUGGACGAUUCAAGCUGGCAAGACCGCUCUCCUAAGUAUGAACGAAGUCUCUCAGAAAAUGAUACUGGCCCAAGUGAUCAAAUGGACAAGUCAACGGAGGAAGAUGACAAAGGUCCUUUUAAGCCAAGUACACACGAGAAUCUCAACAAGUCUAAAUCCUCAACAUCAGAUGUUCAUAGUACUCCCAAAGAAGUGCAGAAGUCCACCAUUGGUGCGAGAGCUACAGAUUCUGCAAGGGUCAUGAAAUUCACAAAGGAGCUCUCAGGAACAACCGUCAUAUUAGAAAGGUUGCGAGAGUUGGCAUGGAGUGGAAUACCACCGUAUAUGCGCCCUACAGUUUGGAAACUCCUCUUGGGAUAUGCACCAACUAAUUCAGAUAGAAGGGAGGGAGUCCUGAGAAGGAAACGCCUCGAGUAUCUUGACUGUGUUGCUCAGUUCUAUGACAUUCCGGAUACUGAACGCACGGAUGAAGAGAUCAGCAUGCUUCGCCAGAUUGCUGUGGAUUGUCCAAGAACUGUACCUGAUGUUUCUUUCUUUCAGCAAGCCCAAGUACAGAAGUCCAUGGAGCGCAUCCUGUAUACAUGGGCUAUCCGUCAUCCAGCUAGUGGGUAUGUUCAAGGCAUAAACGAUCUAGUCACGCCAUUUCUAGUCGUCUUUUUGUCAGAAUACUUAGAAGGAAGUGCGGAUAAUUGGUCCCUAUCUGAUUUGUCUCCUGAGAAGAUCUCUUACUUAGAGGCAGACUGCUAUUGGUGUCUGACAAAGUUGUUAGAUGGUAUGCAAGACCAUUAUACAUUUGCUCAACCGGGAAUCCAACGACUUGUCUUUAAGCUGAAGGAAUUGGUCAGGCGCAUUGAUGAACCUGUGUCAAGACACAUGGAGGAGCAAGGCCUUGAAUUUCUGCAAUUCGCUUUCCGCUGGUUUAAUUGUCUCUUAAUACGUGAGAUCCCUUUCCAUCUCGUCACUCGCUUGUGGGACACAUAUCUUGCAGAAGGAGAUGCAUUGCCAGACUUUCUCGUUUACAUAUUUGCUAGUUUUUUGUUGACGUGGUCGGAUAAACUUCAGAAGCUUGAAUUCCAAGAAAUGGUGAUGUUUCUUCAACACCUUCCUACGGAAAACUGGACUCACUUAGAGUUGGAGAUGGUGCUUUCUAGAGCAUUCAUGUGGCAUAGUAUGUUCAAUAGCUCACCCAGUCACUUGGCUAGCUGAAGAGAGUACAGUUGCAUUCAUGCUCUUUGAAGGGAUGUUGAUUUUUUUUUCCUCGACUUCUUUUCCUAUUUCAUGUGCUUUUUUACCCCCUCCAAAUCCUUGCAGUGUUUAAUUAUCUUACAAAGUAGUACUUUUUGCUAGCUUCUCUGUCAAAUUUUCGAUGUUCUUGUUCUGUAUUGGUCAUACAGUUCCUUCCUAUAUUUGUAGACUUGUAGAUAUACUGUUCAUGGGUGCCACAAGAAAGUAAUGCAUAUGUGAAGAUAAAUAUGUUUGCCCGCGCCCGCUUUUGUUCAUGAGUU